UACAAUGGUAGUAGGCUAUCAAAAAUUAAUGUAAAGUACCGAAUUUUUUAUGUUUUAUUAAUAAACCCUUAUUUACAACUUUCACAAUAUAAAUAUAGGAACGACAAAUUAGCAAUGAAUUCUUUACCCCAUUAUUAUAACCAAGCAUCUUAUGGAGCUGGCAACGCUGCAUGAUUUCAUAUAAAUCAACAUACAAAUGUUUAUGUUUUUUAUCAGAGAUAAAUUGUAAUAAUUUGCUACUUAUGGAGAAGCUUGUUAUUUUAAAAGAAGUGUUUAAUUUACUUUUUGAUGACAGUGAGGAUGAAGAAAGUGAUAACAAUAUUAAAGUGAUUAAAGCACAUUUUAAAAAAUGUAAAAACAAUGGUGGUAACGCAGUUUCUAAAUUGCCUACCCACAAUUUUGAGCAGCAUGUUCCAAGCAAAAAUGAUGAGGAUUCCGUAAUGGUCAAUGGUCAAGAGAAAACAAAGGAAAAUUUUGUAGAGGAUAUAGUACCAGAAAUGCCCGAUCAAAAUUUUAAACAGCACUUUCGUGUAGAGCCGGAAGUGUUUAAAAUAAUAUGCAAGGAUAUUUACCCAUUCUUGUAUAAAAAAUAUGGCCCUGGACGAAAUGCCCUUAAACUAGAUAAACAGGUGCUGAUGACUCUGUGUUAUUUAGGGAAUAACGAAGCAUUACGAUCAAUAUCAGACAAAUUUGGUGUUUGUACAUCAACGUCAUGGAGAAUUGUUUCUAACGUGUGCAACGCAAUACUUAGAUUAAAUGAAGAGAAACAUAUUAUUAAUUGGCCAAAUCGAAAAUUAGCUGAAAAUACUUCAAAACAUUACUGUGAUAUUUACAAUUUACAAGGCGUUAUAGGAUGUGUAGGAAUUUGUCAUAUAAAAACCAGAGCACCAAUUAAUUCCAGGAAUUCAUAUAAAAAUAAAGCUAGAACUCACACUAUUCCGCUACUAGCAGUCUCGAAUGAAAAAAUGGAAUUUAUAUAUUACUAUGCGAACGAGUGUAGUUCAUUGGAUAAUGUUUCAUUAAUGAAAAGAUCUGGAUUGGAGUGCCGAAUGAACUCAGGUACUUAUAAAAUAACUAAGGAUCAGCAUUUAUUAGGCGAUUGCGCUUAUCCGUCAAAGACUUGGUUAAUAACUCCAUAUCAAGAAAAAGAAGGCAGCGAAUUAACCGAUGAGCAAAAAAUGUUCAACACAAUGCAUUCUCAAUGUCUCGAAGACAUUAAACGUUCAUUUGUUCUACUGAAAGGACGGUUUCAACGGCUUCACUAUAUAGAUAGUCUACGUUCUACCGCAAUAACCAAAUUCAUUGCUGUUUGCUGCAUUUUGCAUAAUAUCUGUCUGCAAAACAGCGAUAUUUUAGAUGACGACAUAGAAUAUCAAGUUGAAGAGGAAGUUGAUAAUGUAUUACAGAGACACAAGGAUGAUACAGAAGAGGUGGAUUGUAAAAGAGACUUACUAAUGAAUUUAUUAUAUGAAUAAAAAUCACAUUAGAAAAUAGUAUA